ACUGCCCCUCCUACUCACUUUUAAAUCACCAUAUCAACUCCAAGAUCCUCUUUGAUCUGGUACGCAGCAGAUCGGUCCCAACCAUUCAACCCAUUACCUCUUUUACGCGGGCGCUAGCCCCUGUCAGAAUCCAGCAGUCCGCAGUCUCUGCGAAAUUUGUUCUCGGAAGAAGUCAACCACUACGCUUCUUCUGUCGCCCCGCAACUACUUUCCUCUCACGACGACCGUUUUGUCCGCCAAUUGAUAGUCGUUUGCCUUUCAGACUGCCGCAUUUCUCCAGCAUGGCUUCAUCUGAUCCCUUCCACGCCCUCCUUCAACGGGCUCACCCCGGCGCUGCCCCUUCUGGAGCGACCUCCACACCCGCCGAGCUCUCGCAGCUUUCCUCCACCGUCUUCCCUUCCACCAACUACGCUGAUGCCGAAAAGGUCGAGAUCUCGCAAUGGCUAUCGACGGGCUCCCGCUUCGGAGCCGCCGACGAGGAUGCCGCCAAGCAGGCCGAGCGCUUGUCGUCGCUGAACACUCACCUUUCCACCCGCACCACUCUGCUCGGCAGCAAGCCUUCGAUUGCUGAUGUUGCGCUGUACGCCUACCUUGCUCCCCUUGUCGCCAAGUGGACCCCCGAAGAGCGUACCGGCCAGCAAGGAUACCACCACAUUGUCCGCUUUGUCGACUUUGUGCAGAACUCUCCCGUGUUCAGCGAGGCCGCGAAGAUCCCCGAAUCCGACAAAGUAUCCAUUGACGUCAACGACGUAAAAUUCGUGCACAAGCCCGCAGACCCCAAGGAGGAGAAGGAGCGCAAGAAGAAGGAAAAAGCCGCCGCUCUUGCCGCCGCCGCGGCGCCUUCUUCUAACGAAGCCCAGGGUGAGACCAAGGACCUCCCCGUAGGCAAGGGCAAGCCCAGCGUUGGCGAAAAGGUCAAGGAAAAGGUCGAAGGCGCUGCCGCCGCCGUUGCCGGCGCUGCCGCCAGCGCCACUGGAGGAAAGAAGGAGAAGAAGGAAAAGAAGGAAAAGGCGCCCAAGGCCCAAAAGGCCCCUGCCAAGGAACUUGUCCUGUCACCCGCCCUGAUCGAUCUCCGCGUCGGCCACAUUCUCAAGGCCGUCAACCAUCCCAACGCCGACUCGCUGUACGUCUCGACGAUUGCCUGCGGCGACGCGCCCGGCACAGAGAACACCUCCGAGUAUGAAGGCCAGAUUGUGCGCACCGUGUGCUCGGGCCUCAACGGCCUCGUGCCCCUCGCGGAAAUGCAGGGCCGCAAGAUCGUCGCCGUCUGCAACCUCAAGCCCGUCACCAUGCGCGGCAUCAAGUCCGCCGCCAUGGUCCUCGCCGCCUCCCCGCGCCUCGCCGAGGGAGAGGAGGACUCCCACAAGGGCCCCGUCGAGCUCGUCAACCCCCCUCCCGCCGCCCAGGCCGGCGACCGUGUCUUUUUCGAGGGCUGGCAAGGCGAGCCCGAGUCCGUGCUCAACCCCAAGAAGAAGAUCUGGGAAACCAUCCAGCCGGGAUUCACUACCACCGCCGAGCUCGGCGUCGGCUUCGAUGUCAAGGCCGUCCCGCAAAUCACUGCCACAGAGGGCAAAGAGGGCGUUGCCAAGCUGGUGGUCGCAGACAAGGGCGCUUGCACUGUCACCUCGUUGAAAAAUGGUGUUGUGCGAUAAUUAAAAUAAAAGAGAUAUGAUGGGCGGUAGAUUUGGUGCUUUGUGCUUUUCUCCCUACUUAGGUACCACUUAGAAUAUUGGGCAAUGUUUAUAUGAAUAGAUGAUCCGAUUCUUUUUUUUCUUCUCUUCUGGUAAACACGCUGCCUCUUCCCUCAAGGAGUGGGUUUGAACUUGGCCAGGAUGAAUGUUUGCGAUUUUAAACCCGCGUCUAAGGUAGUCACUACGCCUAUACAUACCCAUACGAAAACGGAUGGCCGUCCAAUGCUUUCCCAGGGCUGGCUAGUCAUGGAAAACGAGGAUACAUAUAAACAGAUUUAAAAAAAAAAUAAAAUGUUUUAUUUAGAGGU